AUGGGCCGGAAGGGGACAGCUGGGGAGAUCGGGUUCCUGGGCCCCAACUCAACGACGCUCACCUGCCUCUCGGGGCUCGCUCCCGGCUUCUUCGCGGCAGCCGGCUUCGCACCUCGCGCCUCUCGCGAUAUGAGGACUCUGCGGGAGCGUGGGCAGGGCGGAAGUGGCCUUGGCGAGCUCGCGGGUGUCCGCCGCGUCACUGGCGGAGGCGUGCCCGCUUCCAAGAUGGCGGCGGCAGCGGCUGUGGUGUCAGGCGCGCUCGGCCGGGCGGGCUGGAGGCUCCUGCAACUGCGGUGCCUGCCCGUGUCCCGUUGCCAGUCAGCCGUGGUGUCACGUGCCUUCCAUGCUUCAGCUGUGCAACUAAAGUCUUCAGAUGAGCAGAAGCAACAACCUCCCCCGUCUUUUUCUCAGCAACAUCCUGAGACACACAGAGCAGAAGAACCCAAGCCAGAGUCCCCUCGUCCACCCCCCAGGUACACAGAUCAGGGCGGUGAGGAGGAGGAGGAGGACCAUGAGAGCGAGGAGCAGCUGCAGCAUCGCAUCCUGACCGCAGCCCUGGAGUUCGUGCCUGCCCACGGGUGGACAGCAGAGGCCAUCGCAGAAGGAGCCCAGUCUCUGGGUCUCUCCACUGCAGCAGCCAGCAUGUUUGGGAAUGACGGCAGUGAGCUGGUACUGCAUUUUGUGACCCAGUGCAAUGCUCGGCUCACUCAUGUGCUGGAAGAGGAGCAGAAGCUGGUACAGCUGGGCCAGGCCGAGAAGAGGAAGACAGACCAGUUCCUGAGGGACGCGGUGGAAACCAGACUGAGAAUGCUGAUUCCGUACAUUGAGCACUGGCCCCGGGCCCUCAGCAUCCUCAUGCUCCCGCACAACAUCCCAUCCAGCCUAAGCCUGAUCACCAGUAUGGUGGAUGACAUGUGGCAUUACGCUGGCGACCAGUCCACUGAUUUUAACUGGUAUACCCGCCGAGCUGUGCUGGCUGGCAUCUACAACACGACAGAGCUGGUGAUGACGCAGGACUCGUCCCCAGACUUCGAGGACACUUGGCGCUUCCUGGAAAACCGGAUUAACGACGCAAUGAACAUGGGCCACACUGCCAAGCAGGUAAAGUCCACUGGAGAGGCACUGGUUCAAGGACUCAUGGGUGCAGCAGUGACGCUCAAGAACCUGACCGGUCUAAACCAGCGCCGGUGAGCGGGAUGGGGUGUGAGCUAGAGUGCCCAGAAGAAAAUCUGCAGAUAUAUUGGAAGGGCUUUGAAAGAUAUGAAGUGCCGCCCAUGGAACAGGGUGUUAAUGAGAAAACACUGAAGGACUCCUGAGUCACUACCACAGCCACCUGGAAACCACAGAGCACUUGAUACAGCUGUAGCCUGCGAUCAGGCUACUUCUUCAGUUCUAAAUACCAAGCCAGGCCUCCUGAUGCCUUUCUGCAUUACCACUGUGUGACUGAAAAAAUGAGGCUCUCAUCCCAGCGUUCAAGCCACAGAAACCCAGCAUGUCCCUAUCUAUGGUCUCACAGAUACUUGAUCAUGUCUUAACCUUCCUAGAGUAAUCUCUGGGGCUCCCAAAUCAGAGUCAGGCUGUGAAACCUUUAUAAAGUGGCAGCCCAUCCCCAGCACAGCACAGACUUGUGCACACAGGCGUUCCUUGCACCCCUCCCCUUUCUGGUGUCCUGAGAUGCUGCACCUGGGAACCCCUCAGAAAGCUGCCUCACUUGAGACUGGUGCCUGCUGGACAGUGGUGCCCAGCCUGGCCAGAGGCGUGAACCCAGGCCGUUGUCGCAUUACACCAGCAUGUGUUGUAGGGUUAAGAGUCUGUACAAAUAGUAAUAAAUAUGUUUGAAGCA